UUUGUAGUUCAGAAAAGUAGGAAUCUCAAUACAAAAUUAAUUUGUUCAUAUUUCCGUUUUGUUUCUUUUAUAAAUCAUAAUUUUGUGUGUUUUUAUUUGGGCUUCCCAGUUUCAGAGAGAGGAAGGACUAUCUGAUCUAUCACAUCGCGAUCUCUAUGUGCUGCGUGGCCAGUUUGGGCGAUUGCUAAAUAAUAUUUGUAUUUUCCCAUAAAUUGUUAUAUAUUAUGGUUCGCUCUCUAUACAAAUUAAAAGGCCUGAGACGGCUCAGCUUUGAUUUAAUCUCGAUUUCGCUCUCACAAUCCGAGUUCCGGGGGAGGUGAGGAAAUACACUUAAAACCCGAUUGCUCGUCGCGCCAUCUCCCAGUCGAGCUUGGAGCGUCAUCGUCAGCGUCUGUUGUCAGUCAAGAUCAGUACAGGUUUCAACGUCUCUCGGAUCAGGUCCCAGCUCAGCACAGCAGCUAUGAUAAGCGGCUGCCGCCUUGUUGUCGCCAUUGGCAUCGCCCUCCUCUCGCUGGGAGUGCAGGCCGCUCGAGCAGCCUACGCCGACGAGUGCAGCACACCCGAUGGCGACCAGGGCCGCUGCAUGCCCUUCUCCUCCUGCCGGAACAUCGAGGAGCGGCUCCUGGAGAGCCAGAAGGCCGGGCAGAAGGUGCCGCCCGAGUAUGCCAGCUAUUUGCAGAAGGCAACCUGCGGGGAGUUCAAUGGGGUGCGACAUUUCUGCUGUGCCUCCUCCCAGAUCCAGCACAAUUCCAAGGUGAUGAGCCUGUUUAAAGCCGAGAACUUUGACUGCGGCAACUUCGUCAGCCAUCGUGUUUCCAAUGGAUACGAGGUUAAGCUCUCCUCCAGACCCUGGAUGGCCCUGCUCCGCUACAACCGUUUUGGGGAGUCGCAGUUCCUUUGUGGCGGGGCCCUAAUCUCGGAGAGAUACAUUCUAACUGCUGCCCAUUGCGUGUCGGGACUCGAGGAUGAGCUCUACGAAAUCCGCCUGGGUGAGCACCGGAUCUCCACGGAAAAGGACUGCCGCAAUCAGGGACGCAAGCCCAAGUGUGCCCCUCCGGUGGUGGAUGUGGGCAUUGAGAAGCAUCUGAUCCAUGAGCAGUACGAUACCCGGCACUACCUGAACGACAUUGCCCUCCUGCGUCUGAAUCAAAGUGUUACUUUCCAGAAGCACAUCAGUCCCAUUUGCCUGCCCGUCACCGACGAGCUGAAACAGAAGGCGGAGGAGAUCAAUACCUACUUUGUGACCGGCUGGGGCACCACGGAGAACGGCUCCACCUCGGAUGUGCUCCUUCAGGCGAAUGUGCCCCUACAGCCGCGUACUGCCUGCUCCCAGGCCUAUCGUCGGAACGUUCCUCCCUCCCAGCUCUGUGUGGGCGGUGGCGAUCUUCAGGAUUCAUGCAAGGGCGACUCCGGGGGUCCGCUGCAAGCGCCGGUCCCCUACCUGGGACAGUUUGCCCCACGAAUGGUGGAGUUCGGCAUCGUUAGCCAGGGCGUGGUCACCUGCGGCCAGAUCAGUCUGCCGGGCCUGUACACAAAUGUGGGAGAGUUUGUCCAGUGGAUCACGGACACCAUGGCCAGCAAUGGCCUCUGAGAGGAGGAGGAGGAGUCAUGAUUAUUGUUAUAGUGCGACUUAGUGAUUAGUCAAACCCAAAAAAAAAAAUGAUAUGCAUAUGUGUGAAAUUAUUUGCUGUUUUUUAUGGGGAGUUGUUUUGUAAAUCAAGAAAAUGAAAGAAGAAAAGGAACCUUUGGCUGUUUAAUUUUUUUAAGAUUACUAAAAUACAAUAUUUUUUAAAUUAUACGAAUUUCAGAUUUAUGAAA